AUGGAGGUUAAGCAGGGCAGUCAAAUCGGCGGCAGUGGUUUUCGUCUGCUCUCCGCGGCCCUGCUGGCCGCCGCCCUGCUGCGGGGCUCCUCCGGGGCCCCCCCGGGGGAGGCGCCCACCGACAGCCCGGCGGGGGACACCUCGGGGGAGGAGGAGGAGGAGGACCGGGAGGCCGAGAGCCCCGAUAUCUUGACCUGGGAAAAAGUGAUAGCGCAGACCAACGCGCAUCAGAAGGAGGAAUUCAAGGGGAAUGUGAAUUACCUGUUCCUGGACAACUACAAACACUCCUCCUUCCCGGCCGAGUGCCCCGACUCCAAUUUUUCCAAGGAGGCCUGUCUGCAGCGGCUGGCCCAGGGCAUGCUGGUCUACAGCGCUCUGCUCAGGCACGUGGAGAGGGAGUACCCCGACACCGAGAUCCUGCAGGGGGUCAACGCCAGCAUUCACAUGCUGGUCCCACAGAUAAAAAAGAGGAUGAGCAGCAGCGAGCAGGUGCGGGAGCUGAGCGGCGGCCAGCAGCAGCGUCUGCUGCAGGAGCUCAGCAGCCCGGACGCCUUCCACCGGAAGAUGACGGCGCACAGCAUCCUCUACCACCUGCGCCUCUUCCUCAUCGAUGGGAAAAGGUCAUUCCGCAAAUGGGCGUUGCCGAAAAGACGCCCCGCCCACACGGACGGCUCCUUCAUCACUUUUCUCCACGGAGUGAAGGACCACAAACAGGGCUAG